UUAAUUAAUACAAAUGAUAUGUGUCAAGUUGUUAUAAAAGUAAAAAGAAAAGAGCAGAAGUGUAGAAUGGAGUAUACUCAUGAUGGGACAACUUCAAAUAUAAUUGCUUAUUUGCAUUUAGUUCACAAAAUUGUAGAUGAUAGUAAAUUGAAAGCCAAAAUUCAACGAGCAUGCCAAACUAAAUUGCUUGAAAUAAUCAAGAUUAAUGUUUCAUAUAAAAAAUACCAAACAAUUAAAAAAUAG